CCUCACCUUACUUCACCUGACCUUACUUCACUCCAUUCCAUUCCAUUCCACUCCAUUCCACUCCACUUCAAUUCCCACUUUACUUUGCCUCACUCCAAUUCAACUUGCUCUUGCCCAAUGACCGAUCUUCUCCAGGGCCUCAGGCUCAAGUUCGAGCUCGCUGUCAAACUGCCGGCCCCCGUCUCGUUCCCCUUCGAGGCAAUCGGUGACUACCAGCCCGUGUCGCGCAUUCCCAGAUACGACUUUUCGCUCGAGAAGAAAAUCAUGAACGAAAUUUCAAAGCAGAAGCAGGACGACCACUACGUGCGCCUCAGGCAGGCCCAGCAGCAGCUGUCGAUGGUAGACAUUAUUGCCUCGCGCAAGGAGAGACACAAAGGCAAGGAACCCGAUCGCACCCCGUUUGCACAGCCUAUGCUGGCAAAGCCCAAGAGUGACAGCGGCGUUGCCCGCCCCGCUCAAUCGGUACCGGUGGACGGCGCAUCGCAGCCCCCACUCGACCAACGCCAGCAGCAUCUUUCGCCUGCCACUGCUGCCGCAACAACAGUAGCUGAGUCACCGCGGCCUGAGCGCCCGCACUCGGCUGCCGCAGCUAUCCCGACUGCAGCCGAUGCGGAAAAUCCCGCUGUGCCUGCCACAUCUCUACCUGCUCCAACUUUGCUUGCCCAGUACCCGCCAAACUUUGACCCGCAGCAACAAACCAUUCGCCCACACACGAUGCUUCAGCCUCAGCCUCAGCACCAGACCCAGUCUCAGGCCCAGCCUCAGACCCAGCCUCAGACCAUCCUCAGGCCCAGCCUCAGCCUCAGCCUCAGCCUCAGCCUCAGCCACCGACACAGCUCACGCUUUGUCUUCCCGCGCCCUUCCAUCCCAUUGCAGCAGCAGCACCAAAUGGUCCCCUUGCCAUUAACUCAUUUCUCGCACUCCACACCCACAAUACCCCAGCAACAGCAGCGGCAACAGCAGCAGUUCAUCCCUACAUGCACGCAGAAUCCGCCUGCCAGCUGGAAGAAGGAGCCAUCCACCCCUGUUCUCCCGCCAAAGCCUGACGAAUGGAAGCCCCGCCUACAAACAGGCAGCUCUACCACCAAUGACACUGGCAACGGCACCAGCACAUCCAGCAUGAGUCCCCCUCGGCCUCACGCAAGUCUGUCUCCUGAGCCUGGCUUCUCCGCCAGAUUCCAAGAUAGGCCACACCACCCCGACCAAAACCCGCCUAUUAUUCCUCCAAAGCCCUUUAUGGAAUUCAGCGAGUUCGACUAUGCCUCUGACGGGCCCUCCGGCCUCAGCUCGGCCACACAUGUCGGCCACGUCGAGCAGGUCAACACUCUUCUCAGCAUGGGAUUCAGCCAUCCGCAGGCCCUCCACGCACUCGAGAUGUACGACUACGAUGUCAACAAGGCCAGCAACUACCUCAUUGACAAGGUUUUUCUCUAGCUAACACUUUCAUUAUUUCUCAUGUACCAACAUUAAUUAUAUAUUUUAAUUUAAAAAUCA